CAAGCUUUUGUAUCAAUCAUAUUAAGAUAUAGUUAGGAAAUAUCCUAAGAUUUGGUGAAUAUAUUUAGAUUUACUAGGAUAAUAAUUGUUUCCUUGAUUGUGUCGAUUUCCCUAAGCUAGCAGGACAUGUUUUUAGGUAGGCUUAGGAAUCUUCUGCAUUGUAUUAUAUAUAGGCUGCUUAUGAUAUUAAUCAAACCAAGCUAAAUUUCACGACUUUACAUGGUAUCAGGCCAAAGUCUUUGAUUUUUUUUUUCUUUCAUUAAUCAUGGCUGGAGGUGAUGAAACACCACCACCACCUACAAAAAUCGAGCCAAAUUCCCCAUAUUACCUCGGGUCGCAAGAUCGACCAGGGGAUUUUAUUACUCCUACACGCCUCACAGCAGACAACUAUGACUCUUGGGCUGCUGACAUUCAAACGGCGUUGGAAGCUCGGAGGAAGUUCGACUUUCUUGAUGGAACAAUCAACAAACCAUCACCUCCUUGCACGAAAUCUGAUUGGACGACAAUUAAUGCUAUGCUAAUUUCUUGGAUUACAAAUACGAUUGAUCCACAAUUAAAAUCCUCUUUGUCAAAAUUUCGAGAAGCUAAACCCUUUUGGGAUCACCUCAAACAACGCUUCUCUCAAACUAAUGGCCCCCGAAUUCAGCAACUUCGUUCGUCAAUUGCUAAGUGCGAACAGAGCAAAUUAAUGAUUGUUUCUGAGUACUUUGGCAAAUUACAUAUUCUGUGGCAGGAGCUGGAUCGUCAUGAGCCUCUGAUUUCUUGCUCUUGCUGUGCUUCGUGUUCAGCUGGCAGAUUACAUGAAGAACGCCGAGCACAAGCACGUUUACAUGAUUUUUUAAUGGGUUUGUACCCUGAUUAUUACUCUUCACUCCGCACAAAUAUAUUGUCUCAGGAUCCUCUUCCAAGCCUUGACAGAGCUUAUCAAUUGGUGACUCAAGAAGAACGAGUUCGCACUUCACGAUUGGAGGCCGAAAUCAAGGCUGACUCGAAGCCGACAGAAGCUGUGGGCUUUGCGGUUCGAGCAAAUCCUGAUCGUGGCAGAGGACGGGAUAAACCCGUGUGUUCGAAGUGUCGUAAAACAGGACAUGAGGCUUCAUCUUGCUGGGCUGACAAGAUUUGUAACCACUGCAAGAAGCAGGGUCACCCUGAAACUCACUGUUAUGAGCUUGUGGGUAGGACCGAUGCUAAGAGAUCUUCUUCCACAGGCCAAGGACGAGGACAAGUUCGUGCUAAUGCUGCUACAAGUGGUAGUGUGUCUUCUUCAUCAUCAAAUUCUUCUGUUUCGGCCUUAGGGAAGCUAUUCACACCGGAGCAAUGGAAAGCCAUUGCGGGGGUUGUCGGUAAUGCUAAUAUUCCCGAUAAUAGAUUGACCGAUAAGUUUGAUGUUUCAUCUUGGAUCAUUGAUACCGGUGCCACACAUCAUGUUACAGGGGAUUCCUCUUGGUUGUUUGACACUCAAAAACUUGACUGCCCUGUUGGUUUGCCGAACGGGUCACAAGUGGUGGCUACCUUGGUCGGAUCCGUUUACUUAUCGGAUAAAAUUACACUUACUGGAGUUCUUUAUGUUCCCACUUUAAGUUGACCAAGCGAAGGAGCUGAUUGGAGCGGGGAUUAAGAGAGACGGACUGUACUACUUUAGCAAACCGAAAUUUGUGUCCUCUGUGGAAGCAACAUCGUCUUUGGAGCUAUGGCAUCGUCGGCUCGGUCAUCCUUCGGAAAAAGUAGUUAAGUUAAUUCCUUGUGUUAGUAGUAGUAAAGAGCAUUUAAAUAAUGGUUGUGAAGUAUGUAUGCAUGCUAAACAUCCAAGAGACAAAUUUCCUUUAAGUGAUAAUAAAGCUUCUCGAAUAUUUGAAAAAGUACAUUGUGAUUUGUGGGGUCCUUAUAGACAUGUUUCAUCUUGUGGAGCUCGUUAUUUUUUAACAAUAGUUGACGAUUAUU